CUGCGCACGCUCAGCUGCGCAUUGAAAGUCCUCCUCCGGUAACCACGGUGCCGUCCCGCGAGAAACUUUUCCCUGAAGUCUGGAGACAGCGAAGCAUGGGCCGCUGCGGAGACAGCUGACAGGCGGAGGGUGAGUCCCACCCGUGUCCGGAGCAGCCCCGGGAGGCUUUCCACGCUUUAACGAUUCGGGCUGGAGACCGUUGGAAAAAGCUCGUGACUGGAGAGCGUGUUACACCGGCAAAGAUAUGAGCUCGAAGCCGAAACCAGAGAGCGGGGCGGGGGAGGCAGAGGGCCCCGACGGAGGCUGGGGCUGGGUGCUGGUGGCCGCCUUGUUCCUCAGCACGAGCCUGGUGUUCGGCGUGAUGCGCAGCUUGGGCAUCUUCUUCGUGGAGUUCGUCCAGUACUUUGAGGAGAGCGCUCAGGCCAUCUCCUGGAUCUCGUCCACCGGCCUGGCGGCGCAGCAGUUCUUCAGUCCUUUGGGGGCCGCGCUGUGUAACGCCUAUAAUGCCAGGGUGGUGGUGAUGGCCGGAGGCUUUCUCACUGCACUGGGCUUCAUACUCGCCUCGCAGGCCACCUGCCUUGUUCACCUCUACCUCACCAUGGGUUUAAUUUCAGGUCUGGGCUGGGGGCUGGUCUUCACCCCCAUGGUGGCCACAGUCAUGGCGAACUUCACCCGCCGACGGACCCUGGCUCUGGGCCUGGGCUUCUCCAGCAUCGGCCUCUCUUCCUUUGCCUUCAACCCGCUCUUCCAGCUGCUGGUGGAGACGUACGCCUGGCGGGGCGCCCUGCUCAUCCUGGGCGGCCUCAGCCUGAACAUCGUGCCCUGCGGAGCCCUCAUCCGCCCGCAGCGGCCGCCCAAAGCCCCCGCCAAGCUCGUGGACUCUCAGAGGAGGCCGUCGUGUGCUGAGGUGCUGCAGAGGGUGUCGUCCUACCUGGAGCUGUCGCUGCUCUGCGAGAGGCCCUACCUCACCUACACGCUGGCCAUUUCUCUCUUCAACGUGGGCUACUUCGUGCCCUAUUUCCACCUGGUGGCUCACAGCCGCCUGGCCGGCUUCUCGGAGUACCACGCCGCGUUUGUCAUGUCCGCCGCGGGCGCCACCGACAUCCUGGGGCGGAUCGCGUCCGGCUGGUUCUCGGACCUGGGCCACUUUCGGCUGAUCCAUCUGCUCAGCGCGUGGACGGCCCUGGCGGGGACCUUCAUCAUGCUGCUGCCCGUCAGCUCCCUGACCGGGUCCUACGCCGCCCUGGUGGCCAUCAGCCUGCUGUACGGCUUCUGCUCCGGAGCCCUGACCUCCCUGGCGUUCGCCGUGGUGCCGAAGAUCGUGGGCGUGGAGCGCACCAUGGGGGGCCUGGGGCUGCUGCAGCUCAUAGAGAGCGGCGCCGGUCUGCUGGGGGGGCCCCUGUCAGGCUUGCUGAAGGACAUCACCGGUAACUACGUGGCCUCCUUUAUAGUUGCGGGCUCUUUCCUGAUUCUGGGCACCCUCACCAUGGGCACCCUGCCUCACUUCUUCUCCUGCACGGACCUGCCGCCCCCGCGGCGGCGCCCUCCGGCCGACCCAAGUGCACGUCCAGAGCUGCAGCAGAUGGACACUGGAACAGCCAGACAGGUGAAAUGACCACCCUCCUUUUUUGCUUUUUCGGAGGACAUCAUCAACAUUUUGAUGCACCGGUUGGCGAACUGCAAAAUACCUCAGAGGCUCACAUCUGAAGUGGCGAGAGUUGCCUCCUGAAAUCUGCUGACGAGGCGAGAAAAACUCCUUUAAGCUCACUUUAACACGACAGGGAAGUUGUCAGCUCCUGUCUUUCUAGUUCAGGUCAACUUGAAGUGAGUCUGCUGCUGGAAGAGUCUCCAGUUUAAGUGUUGCACUUUUAUAUUUAGCUGUGUUCAUCCAAAUAUAAUUGGUUUCUCUGCACACUAUCUCCAAAGAGGUGCACAAUUAGCUGCACGUCAGUGAUAUUUCAAGAGAUUUAGUAAAAGAAAACAAAAGUAGGAACAGAACAUUAUUUUUAUUUAGAAGUAAUUUAUAGGAAUUUGCACCUUGAUUACAUAAUAAAAUUUACACAACUCUUAGAUUUUAAAUUGUGGUCCUUUGUAAUUUUAAAGAUGGUCUUUUUUAUUUUUUCUAGAAUGAUUUCUUUUUAAGAUUGUUUAAUAAUCAAAGUGACUAAGCCAAAUGAUACACUGUAAACCAGUAGGAGCUUCAGCUUUAGCCUCUGUGCUGGUCUUGUCCCUCUAAUGUGUGCUGUACUGCUACUACGCCGUUAGCUUCUGCAGAUCUAUGCAUUAGGAGAGUGCUUACUAAUUUAUUAUGCAAAGCUCAGAAAAGCUAAAACCCUUCGUAGCCUCAGGAAUUUCUCCUUCAUGUUGCUCUGCAAGAGUACAAGACUGUGUUUUCUCAAGUGCACUUUUGGGUGAUGCAUUAAUUGUUUGCUUAAGCUCUGUGAACUUCUGUAACCAUAAGCCUUUGUGCACUGGGGGAGUUUGGCUUUGGAGGCAGCUGGAUUAACACCAUGUUUGAAGCAAGAACAGGGUCACUGUGAACUGACACACUGAGCUGUUGCAAUAAAACAGGCGUUUGGUUAAUGCUUAACGCAGGUCAAGUAAUCAUUGCAGGUAAAAAAAGGUUGUCAUACAUCUGAAAUGUAUUUUAUUUUCCUCAAACUCUGACCUUCUACUCUGGCUGUUGUUUUAAUCUGUCUUUUCUUAAACCAGUGAGGUGCUCUCUGGAACAAUCAACUCUUGGCGCCCUCUGUUGGGCUUCUGUAAAUUCAUUUAAAAAGAAUAGUUUCAUAAAUAGAGAUGGGAACUCAACGAUUAAAAACACUG